UGUGUGUGUGUGUGUAUGUGUAAGAGAGAGAGAGUUAGUGUGUGUGUGAGAGAUAUAGUGAGUGUGUGUGUGUGUGUGACAGGGGGGAGAGAGAGAGAGAGAGAGCGAGCAUCCAGCUCUCAGUCAUUCAUCUCUCGGGGAGAGGAGAGGAAACUACAACAGGACGAGAAAAGAAACAUUUUCUUUGAGUGGAAAAAAAAGAAAGAGGAAGACCUUUUAAAAAGUUCUGACUGUGGAAGACUAAGCUGCAGUUUUCCUUUUCAUCUUCAUUGCUUUUUACACACGUAAAUACUACGCUGCUGCAAGUAUUUCACACUGCUCCUUCUACUCUGCGAGGAGCUAGUUCUCCACCUCUCUCCCCUGCAGCUGAGGACGUUUUCCUUUUUCUGAAAACUGCAGAUAUAAAAGAGUCAAAUGCCCAAACGGUGCCUGUUUUUGACAGGAUCUCUACAUCAGAAGCAGCUCUUGCAACUUGAAUGUCCCUACAACUUGGACAGAGAGCGUGGAGCCCUUCAAUGCAGCGUGCGUGAAGGGGACUGUUUGGUUUUUUUGGGGAGGAGGAGGAGGUGACCUCAGGAGGACACACCGGGAUCAGAGAGCUCGUGGAAGAGCUCCGGGAAAAGGAGGAGGAGGAGGGCGCGUCACACUGAGAAAGAGCAUCCUCCCAGCCUUCACCCUCCUUACAUUCACACAUCCUUAACACCACAAGGCUACAGUAAUCUUAUAAAAUAUCUGUGGUGGGGUUUAAAAAGAUUUUAGCAAACUAACCCCUCGCUGUACCAUAAAAUCAGAAAGUCUUUCAUCUUAAAGUAAGAUUAAAAACUCACAAAAGUACCUUAAAGCCAAGAGAGAGACAUACUCAAGUCAUUCAAGGGAUAUUAUAGGAAUAGUGUAGAGAUUUUUUGUCAGCGGCACACACACUCGCGCACACACACGCACGCACACACACACACACACACACACACACACACACACACACGUACACUCAGGACACCCCAGCACGCCGCCGCAGAAUGGAUCUCCCACCAGUCAGAGGUUUAUCUGAUGUGCCGUGAGUGGUGGGAGCGUCUUGCCCCAACCCUGGCCUGCAGCCCUGGUGCCGCGCGGCCUGGCUCACCAGGAUGGACCCUGCUCAUUCCUUUAGGAUGGAGCUGGACGGGCUGGACCUCCAGCAGGUCCCAGUGCUGUCGCUCGACCAGAUACGUGCCAUCCGGGCCAACAAUGACUAUGUGGAGAGGCCCGUGGCGCUGGAACCGGCGUCCCAGUCCGGAUUUUUUUAUCCCCAUGACGACCGUUACCCUCAUGGAGUAUACACCCAUCACCCGCAGCCCCCCUUCCACUCCGCCAUGCCGCGCAGCCAAAGUCAGCAGCAGCACACUCACCUGUCCCACCUGAGCCGUUCCAGUACCAUAAGCUCCUCCAUUUCUCGGACCAGUGCCACGUCAGACCAGCGGCUACUGGCAGGUUUGACGCCGUCUCACUCUGGGUUAACUUCAGUGAUCCGCUCUCAACCUAAAGGAGAACUCAAGCCCGACACUUCCUUUGGUAAAGGCCUGACAGAGGACGAGGCCGAGCUGGGCCGUCACAUGUUCAUCUGUGAGCGGUGUGGUCGCUGUAAGUGCCAAGAGUGCUGCACCCCCCGCCGCCUGCCUUCCUGCUGGGCCUGUGGACAGCGCUGUCUGUGCUCCGCCGAGAGCGCCGUGGAAUACGGCACCUGCUUGUGCUGCGUUAAAGGCUUAUUCUAUCACUGCUCCGCCCAGGACGACGAUGAUAACUGCGCUGACCGGCCGUGCUCCUGCGCUCCAGCCCACGCCUGUGCCCGCUGGGGCAUAAUGGGGCUGCUGGCGCUCUGCCUGCCUUGCCUUUGUUGCUACCCUCCUGCCAGGCUGUGCCUUGCCCUGUGCCAGUGCGCCCACGAUCGGGCCACGCGUCCCGGCUGCAGGUGCAGCAACACCAACACUGUGUGCCGCAAGAUUUCCGCCUCCAACCCUAACCCUGGUCACCCCUCGCUCCGCAGCAAAGCUCUGGAGAAGCCGUUAUGACAGGCUUGGAUGGGGGCCAGGUGAAACAGUUUCCCCUCAGCCGUGGCCAAAGCAACACUUUCGCCAAUCAGUGCCACAGCUGACGUUGUGACAACAAUGCCAUUGUGACCCACCUACCUACAUAUGACAAGCCAACCAACCAACCAACCAACCAUGAAGUGUUGUUCACCUAACGUACCUUGAAUUUACUUCUUCUCCAGCUCAGGAGGGACCAAAGCUUUACUGUGCCUGUUCACGUUGGAGACUUCAUGCCUAAACAACAAAAAUUCAUCCUGAAGGAAGAAGCUGUCGUGCUUUGCUGGACUGCCCUUCAACCUUAACCAAGACGUCCACACAGAAAUCACCUCUCUCUUCAUUCCGUGGUGUGACAUGGUCGUCUUAAAAUCUAUUUAUUUAUUGUUGAUCCUCCUUCCUCCUCAACCUUUGCGAACAGAACGCACAGAAGCGGGUGAUGGACCAAAUCAUGGAGGAAAAGACGCCUUAUUGCGGUGACGUGUACGGUCUACGCCAUUGGGAGUUUCUGUCCUCUUGAAAGAAAGGAUCAUAAGAAGCAUGAGAGACUGAGAUCACAGUGACAUUCAGCAAACUCCACAAAAGGCUGAAGGCGAAUGAAUAAAGAAACCAAUGUUAUGUCGCGGCGAAUAUCUAACUGGGACUCGGAGCAAAGCACCAAGGCAUAAAGUGAGAACAAAGACAUUUGUAACACACCUGUGACAACAGUUUGACACCAAAAAAAAAAAAAAGGGACCAUGCACUGUACGAACUGUGUGAACUUCAAUGCUAUUAAGCUCAUUUGUAAAGGAAAAGCACUGUGAGGUAGAUGGACAAUGUUUUCCUCCGCAGCCAAGAGCUGAAUGGGGAUUAUUUAACCGGAGGGAGGGUGCAUCCAUUGUGACUAGGCAGCGUGUGUGUGUGUGUGUGUGUGUGUGUGUGUAUGUGUGUGCGUGUGUGUCCUCCCACUGUACAACCUGUGUAUGUAGAGCGUGUGUGUAUGUUGUUUUGUCAGCAGCAGAAGCCUCCCUUGUCUUAUUUUUAGCAGUGCCGCUUCAGUGGAGAUCUUUGGGGGGUCUGGUCAGGUUUCCUCCUGAAGUCAGUCUGUCGCCAACCUCCCUCCUCUCGCCGGCCUCCUUCACUGGCCCCCACCUCCAUCCUUCUCUCCCUCCCAUCCUCAAAUCAAAUGUUCUCUUCUCUGAAUCAUCUCCCACCCAACUGAGCCUUUACAUGUGCUGCCACCAUGGAGGUACAGCGAAGAAUCUCACAAGCCCUAAUUAUGCAAGGGACAUUUGUUUUUACUCAAAAUAAAUUAAACAGAGGUUCAGUUUCCAGAGCAUUUAGAAAGAUAUAACUAAUCCAAACCUGCUCAAAGGAUCGCCUGAAUCCUUGGUAUCCCGAUGUUUUGGAGAUUUAGAGUUAAGCCGCCUGAGUCGAGGCGCAUUAUUCCCACACACCCCUAUAUCCCCUCCUGCCUCGUCCGUCUCUCCUCUUACGCUCAGAGGACUAAAAGCCUCCAGUUCCUGGUCCACAGAGAGUUGAUCAAACAGGCAAUUAGCUUCAUGAUAGCUCUUAAUGGGCCGGAGAAGAAUGGAGCGUGGGAGGGGAGGGGAAGAGAGGGGGACAGGAUGAGUGGAGUUGUGGUGUUUGGCAGAUGGACAGCUGAUGGGGAAAAAAGAGAUGCUGGGAGGAGAGGGGGAGAGAGAGAGAGGGGGAGAGAGAGAGGAGAGACUUCAGAUGAAGGGAGGAAAAGAGGAAGGAGAGGAGGAUGCUGAUGUCACCAUGCAGUCAGAUCGUGCUUUGCUCUUGGUUGAAAUGACUUUUAGAGGAAGGAAGGCUUCGAAGCUGACGAACGAACAAAAAAAAAAAAAAUGAAAAGAAAAAAAAAAGCAUCAAACGGGUGCAUAUGUGUGUGUACGCUUGUGUGUCUGUAUGCAUAUGGGCUUUUCUGUGCGUGUAUGUAUGUGUGUCAGGAAGCAUCACCCAGGCACAGAAACACACACACACACACACACAUAUAUACACACACCCCGACUUGAUUUGUUAAAAGUUACUUUGCUAUAUUUUUAUAUGUAAAUACGGGCUAUUAACUGUAUAACUAUUUUUAUUCUGCUUUAUUUUGUUCCUAUGAGAUUGAUAUUAUUAUGGCCGUUUUCCAUUAUAAUGAACAUUUACUUAUUUACUGUCCAACUUCUUAUCAAUUCAGGAACUUUUGGGGCAACUCUGAACAAGGAAAACGGUGUAGCAACAAGUCGUUACCGUGUCCCUUAGCAUAGCUCAGCAUCAUGGCUUGGUGUUGAAGCCCUCCGAGUAACCUUUAUGAGACCAAAUACAUCUUUAACAUCAAGUACCAAAAGCUAAGCUCUGAAGCUGUUUGCCUUUCAGUCAGUUGUACUCUGGAUCAUUCCCUGUUCUUUGUUCUGGUAUUAAAAAGAACAAAAUUAGGAUUUGUCUAACAAUUCUUCUCAGGUGUGUAACAUCAGUGCAGCUGCGAUCACUAUUGCAUGUGGUAUAAAGCCGGAUUUCUAAAGGCCUCAGUAUGCCUCAAACAAAGUGCUUGUCAAAUCAUCUGAAAGCCUCUUUCUGAUGGUGGAAGCAACCAUUUUUGUGACUUUCCCAAACACAGCCUGUUGUGCAGGGAUGGAAAACUAGGCAGAGUUGUUUGAACUUUCUCUCAAUUAAUUUCUUCAGUUGUGCAAAUCUGCAGAUGCCGACAAGGAGAGAGAUUGUCCAACAAUGCACCAUCAUCCCCAUGUGUACGAUUCAUUGCAGGAUUGCAAAGACUUGCAAAAGUCACAGAAUACUUAGAGAUCAGAUGCCUUCAGAAGUGGUUAGGCAAUAUGUUGUUUGAAAUAGUUUGAAGCAUAAUAAGGCCUUAAAGGUUACCAAGGUUACCAAGUUUACCAAACUACUCUACAGAUUGGUAAUAGUGCACAGUUACACUUUUUUCUCCCUCACACAAUACAAUUCAGUUUCAUUCACAAACCCAUUUGUAAGUUUUGCUAUUGCUGCAUAGCUAACGUUAGCAUUUACAGCUGUUUAUUUACCAGUUUAGAAGAAAUGUUGCGCAUCAAAUGUCAUUCCUUUACUCCCCAGAAGCUGUUUCCAGUGGUGGAACGCAGCCAUCUUGUUUUGCUUCUGUUCCUAUCACCUUUUUUUCCUUCGACUAAUGUUAGCAUGCUAACCAGCUAGCCCCAGCCCAGUUGGCCAGUCUCAUCACUUUAGCCCUGAAGAAGUAGCACUGCUCAGAGGGCGUAUAUAAUUAUAUCUAUUCUAUAAGUAUAUAAUAUCUUGUAUUGUAAAUGCAAUGAUGGCUGAAACUCUUGGCAAGACUGGUAAGUAAACAGUUAAUGCUAACGUUGGCUAUGUAGCAAAAGCAAAACAACUAGAUUAAUAUUAGUAAGUCAUUAUAUUUUUUGGCCAAAUUGCUCUUCUCGGCCCUCUUCCAGGAGAUGAUGAUUAAUUAAGAACACUUUUUUAAUUGUGCAUUAUAACAGUUUAUUUCUACAAGUGGUAAGAAAUAUUUUAUUAUUCUUUUAUGUGUUUAUUUGGUUAAUGUUUUUUCCAGGCUGUGUAAAUGUUGCCCCAAAUGUUUCUGCUCUCACUGGUUUCACUUUGAGAUGGGUUGGCAACUGUGGAGGACACGCUCACCUUAAACAUGGCUUUGUUUUCUUUUGUUUUUUAAAUGUUGCAACUUUGUCCACUUUUAGUGUUACCUAUGACUUUAUAAUUAUUAUAAUUAUUAUUAUAAGCAUUGGCAACCAAAAAUCAUAACCUGUGUAAUUGACACUUAUUAAUGCAAAUCACCUAGGCUGAUAUUAUGUCCACAUUAAUGCGAUUGAAUUUGAAAUCCUUUUAUUUUGUUUUGUCUUUUCAUCCACACUUGGAAAGCGUUUUCAACCACAUAAAACAAGUGAACACACUUUUAAAAAAUGCUAGUCUGGAGAAACUUUUCAGAAACGCUGAUGUACACCUACCAUGGGAACCAUUUAUGAUGCAUGCAUGCUCUGUGAAUGACAAACAAUGCUUCAGGAACAGCAAGAAAUCAGUUGGCGGCCAACUGAAUAUCAUCUGCAGAUGCCUUUAAUUUAAACAAAAAAAAAAAAAAAAAAUUAUGUACUUUUUUAUUUUUGUGGUGAAAAACACAGUGUGGACUGAAAAGUGGAAAAUGUUUUCAAAUUUAAUCUCAUUUCUGUGGACAUGGCCUCAGAUUGGUUCUACACGCACACACUGUCUCCUCUACAAUGAUUGGAUGACGUAUGUCACAUCUUGGUGCUUGUGGAGACGACUUGAGGAACAUUUGCUAUUUGCACCCGGAUUGUUUUCUAUCUCAGCUGGAUGAUGUUUCACAUUAAUCUGUGUUCAGAGUAACUUCAAAUAUUUACAGUCACAGUUCAACCAUAACCACUUCAGUAUGCAAUGUUUUGUAAGUACUACAGAUACACACAGAGUGAUUCAAGCAGUGCAUUGUGGGGUCAAAAGCCAAAUCAACUUCCAGUGAUUCUCAUGUUUAAUUAAUCUUUUUUUCCCCCCAGAGUUAAUGUUUAACUAUUCUAAAUUAUAUCCCUACCUAUAUGUUUGCUAGGUUGCCAAAAACACAAAUUUUCUCAUUUUAAAAACAUUAAUAUUAUGGUGGAAAAGGGAGCUAGAUAAUGGCAGGAUGAAGAAGCAUUUGGCAUCAAUUAAAAAGGAAAAUAUAAUGUAUCUUAACAAUUCAUUUCAGAGAAAUUAAAAACAACUUACUUGUUGCUAAUUUUAAGGUUAUUUCUGGGAACUUACUUCAUGAUACAGUCAAAAACCACACUCUUAACAUGGCUGCCAUCAGAAACUUCCAAACCUCACCUCUGCCAACUACCCUAUGUGUAUCUGUACGUACAAAUAACACACAAUAUAUAAAAUCUCUUAAUUCCAAGAUUUCCCAAACAUUUCCGAUGUUUCCAACAUUCCUCCCUCAGGACCGGAGCUCGUGUCAGGAACCUGUCUGAUGCUGUACGUGUGCAGGCUGCCACUAUAACCACUACACGUCUCCUCUCGUGUCUUAGCAAGCAUCGCUUUUGGUACAAAUUGGCAUCUUGUAUGCUGUAAAAGAAUUUAAGGAGAGUAUAUGGAACAAAUAUAUAUAGAAAUCUAUCUAAAAUGAAUAUAUUAUAUAUGGAACAAUAUGCAUUUCACACUUUGUUUCAUCGCUGAUAUUGCUUCAUGGAUAUUUAUUUAAAUGGUUGCAACAAUGGCAGUAAUAAUAACCACGAGGAUGAUGUUGAUGAGUGAAGUAUUUAUUUUAGCGGUCAGAGGAAAUGAAGAGCACCGAUGUUGUUGUUGUUGUUGUUUGUCUUUUGGUUUUGUUUAUUUGUUCCCCUCAGUGUGGUGUGGCUGCUGCUACCCUCCUGGCUAAAGAUGAACCAAUAAAAAGUUUCCAAACAGA